GUCGUCGCAGAGAGGGAGGAGAGAGAUAGGGAGGGGGCUAGAGAGAGAAACAAAGGUGGUAGAUGUGAGCCACCCUCUUUGUAUCCCUCGCCAACUUCUUCUCCUACCAACUUCUUUUCCUCCCCCACCCCCUCCUCUCCUCCUCCCCUGCCGUCUCGCGCCCGCUCCGCACAGCGGCCGCGCUCCACCCGCCGCCGCCGGCACGCCCCGCCCGGUGGCAUUUCAAGUAUGGUUAGCUUGAGGCGACGUCGACUAUUGGGGCUUUGUUCUGGGAAAGACUCAUUGCCCGUUGAUCUUCCUAAGCCCAUUGAGAAUGAAAAACCUGUGGAAGUUGUACAUUCCAAUGUGAAGACAUUCAGUGUACACCCACUGCCCCCGACUUCUGAUGUGCUCACAAAAUCCUCAAAUGGUUCUGAUGAUUCGAAGGAAGAGAAAACACAGUACUAUCCAGGCAAGGAAAUCAAGCGCAGAAAACGACAUAGAAGAAAGCAGUAUGUGGAUCAAGAGCCAUGCAUUAUGAGGGGGGUUUAUUUCAAAAAUAUGAAAUGGCAGGCUGCCAUAAAAGUUGACAAGAAACAGAUUCAUUUGGGUACUGUUGGGACACAGGAUGAAGCAGCUCGGCUUUAUGAUAGGGCUGCUUUUAUGUGUGGAAGGGAGCCAAACUUUGAGCUUUCCGAGGAAGAGAAGCAAGAACUGCGGAAGUACACCUGGGAGGACUUCUUAGCUGUAACUCGCAACACAAUAACCAGCAAAAAACAAAAGAAGGUUGGGUUGCUAAGGCGUAGCAAGGCGGACUUGUUCAUGGGACAGAGUGAUGGUGAUACUGAGAUGGCAAAUGGCGGUGGCUCAUCGAAUUCUGACAAUGGAGAUGCCGAGACAUCAGCAUCUUAGAUUGCUCCCAGAGGUCGUGGCGACCCUAGUGGAGUCCUCCAAAUAUUCAUUCCGGUCAUGAUAUGAUCCCUGUUUAGGAUUUUGUUCUCUCAAUAAUUAAUUUCAUGUGCAUAAGGCCCCUGUUGGUCUGAUCAAAGGUUAGGGAAACCAUGCCAUCUCAAAUAAGAAAUGGAGGUGGUCCAUUGUAGGAAAAUUUCAUCCGAACAACAUGUAUACCGGUUCCGUAAUUGUGUAUAUCUACCGAUAGGUUCAUCAUUACAAAUUUUACCCAAUGUAAUUAGUUUACAUUACCAUUUAUCCAAAAGGAAUCCUUUCCUUUCCGAUA